AUGUCGAGCUCAGAGAUAAACCAGGUGCUCGCGAAUUCGCUGUCGCCUGACGCGAACCUCCGAAAUGCUGCUGAGCAGCAACUCACCCAGGCUGCCGAGAGCAACUUUCCCCUAUACCUCGCAACCCUCGUCCAAGAACUUGCCAACGACUCUGCCGAUGGCUCCAUCCGAGCUGCCGCCGGUAUUGCUCUGAAGAACGCCUUCACAACCCGAGAUUUCACUCGGCAUCAAGAACUGCAAGCAAAAUGGCUGCAGCAGACUGAUGACGAUACCAAGAACCGGGUCAAGGAGCUGACACUCCAGACCCUGAGCUCCUCAAACACACAGGCUGGUACUGCUGCCGCCCAGGUCAUUUCAUCCAUCGCCGCCAUCGAGCUGCCCCGUGGCCAGUGGAGCGACCUUUUGCCCUUCCUGGUCAAGAAUGUCAGCGAGGGUGCCGACCACCAGAAGCAGGCUUCUCUCACCACCAUCGGUUACAUCUGCGAAAGCCAAGACUCGGAGCUCCGCAUGGCCCUAGUGGCGCACUCGAACGCUAUCCUGACCGCUGUUGUUCAGGGUGCCCGAAAGGAGGAAGCAAACGGCGAGGUUCGCCUUGCCGCCAUCACCGCCCUGGGUGACUCGCUCGAGUUUGUCGGCAACAACUUCAAGCACGAGGGCGAGCGAAACUACAUUAUGCAGGUCGUUUGCGAGGCCACCCAGGCCGACGAUUCGCGGAUACAGCAGGGUGCCUUUGGCUGCCUCAACCGAAUCAUGGCUCUUUACUACGAGAACAUGCGCUUCUACAUGGAGAAGGCUCUGUUCGGUCUCACCAUUCUCGGUAUGAAGUCUGAGGAUGAGGAUGUUGCCAAGCUGGCUGUCGAGUUCUGGAGCACCGUCUGCGAGGAAGAGAUCUCCAUCGAGGACGACAACGCCCAGGUCGAGAGCUCCGACCAGAUGCGCCCCUUUUACAACUUUGCCCGUGUUGCUGCCAACGAGGUGGUGCCAGUUCUCCUCACCCUCCUUACGAAGCAGGAUGAGGACGCCACCGACGACGAGUACAACCUGUCGCGCGCAGCCUAUCAGUGCCUGCAGCUGUACGCCCAGGCCGUUGGUGCUACCAUCAUCGCCCCUGUGCUGCAGUUCGUCGAGGGCAACCUCCGCCAUGAGGACUGGCACAACCGAGACGCCGCUGUGUCGGCCUUUGGUGCCAUCAUGGAGGGUCCCGAUGAGAAGACUCUGGACCCCAUCGUCAAGCAGGCUCUCCCCAUCCUCAUCAGCAUGAUGGAGGAUCAGUCCCUGCAUGUCAAGGACUCGACUGCUUACGCCCUCGGCCGAAUCACCGAGGCCUGCUCUGAGGCUAUUGACCCCCAGACUCAGCUGCCUACUCUGAUUGAGUCUCUGUUCAAGGGUCUUCUCAGCAAUGCCAAGAUGGCACCUUCUUGCUGCUGGGCCCUGAUGAACCUCGCCGAGCGCUUUGCCGGCGAUCUCGGCGCUGCUGCCAACCCCAUUACUCCUCACUUCAACCAGGCUGUCAGCUCCCUGCUCGACGUGACUGCCCGUACGGAUGCUGACACCUCGGUUCGAACUGCCGCUUACGAGGUCCUCAACGUCUUUGUGCAGAACGCUGCUUCCGAAAGCCUGCAGCCUAUUGCCUCGCUCUCGGACGUCAUCAUCAAGCGACUCGAGGAGACUGUGCCUCUGCAGAACCAGGUCGUCAGCGUUGAGGACAAGAUUACCCUCGAGGAGAUGCAGAACAGCCUGUGCACCGUUCUCCAGGCCAUCAUCUCGCGCCUCGACAAGGAGAUCAUUCCUCAGGGCGACCGCAUCAUGCAGAUUCUUCUGCAGAUCCUCAACAGCGUUGGCGGCAAGUCGAGCGUCCCUGACGCCGUCUUUGCCACCAUCAGCGCCCUCUCCACCUCUAUGGAGGAGGACUUCAUCAAGUACAUGGAUGCCUUUGCGCCCUUCCUGUACAACGCCCUCGGAAACCAGGACGAGCCCAGUCUCUGCUCUAUGGCUAUCGGUCUGGUCAGCGAUAUUACCCGUUCCCUGGGCGAGCGCAGCCAGCCUUACUGCGAUAACUUUAUGAACUAUCUCCUUAACAACCUCAGGAGCACCACCCUUGCCAACCAGUUCAAGCCUGCUAUCCUGCAGUGCUUUGGUGACAUUGCUGGUGCCAUUACUGGCCACUUCGAGACCUACCUGUCCGUGGUUGCCCAGGUUCUGGAGCAGGCUUCCACUGUGACUGCUUCGCCUGAGGGCCCUUACGAGAUGUUCGACUACGUGAUUUCUCUCCGUGAGGGUAUUAUGGAUGCCUGGGGUGGCAUUAUUGGUGCCAUGAAGGUCAGCCAGAAGACCCAAGCUCUGCAGCAAUAUGUCCCCGCCAUCUUCCAGCUUCUGAGCCUUAUUGCCAACGAUAUGAACCGUAGCGAGUCGCUCAUGCGGGCUGCUAUGGGUGUCAUUGGCGACCUUGCCGAUGCCUACCCUAACGGUGAACUGGUUGAGGCUUUCCGACAGGACUGGAUCUCAGCUAUGAUCAAGGAGACCAAGACCAACCGGGAGUUCCAGCCUCGGACUAUUGAGACCGCGCGCUGGGCUCGCGAGCAGGUCAAGCGUCAGCUGGGCGGUUCACAGACCGUUAUGGCCCAGAACUGA